UAGUGUUCAUAAGAUUAUCACUGACUUAAUAAUAAAUUAAAUCUAUUUAAAUUAAUAUUUUUUUAAUAAAAUUUAUUUUAAUAAGAUUCGAAUUAUUUAUAAGUUUUAUAAUGACUCCACUUUUAAAUUUUGUACUCGUUUUAUUGGGAGGAUGUAAUACAACAUCUCCAUUACCUCCAUUAUCACCCAGUGAUGUGGGUUUACCUUUUUCAAUAUUUAAUGCUAGUUCUUCUUCAUUAAUUUCUUUGCCACAUACAAAUUGUAAUUGUGAUGGUAAAAUAUUCCCGAAUUUGUGUGAAAUGUUUCAGAAACUUGGACUCUGUGGAAAAAAUUAUGGAGAUACGAUAAAAAAUGAUAGUCUUGAGAAAGUAACUGAUGGUAGUAGUAGUACGUCGACAACUUUGAAUCCUGUUACGUCAAGUAUUAGUGGGACUACAAUUAAACUUGAUGAUACAGAUGAUGAUGAUGAUGAUGAUGAUGGAGUUUUAAUCAUAACACCUGGUCCACGUAAUAAAGAUCUCACUAGUACACCACGGACUGGAGUAACUGAACCAAGUGAUAAAAAAACAACUCAGAGAAAAUUUAAUGCUGAGCCAUCAGAUGAUGAUGAUAAUGAUGAUGAUGAUGAUAUGGAAAAUGAUAGAAAUAGUAAAAUGACAACAGCUGAUCCAGGUGGUCGUGAUACGACACCAAUGACUGAUGUUACUGAAGUCAGUGGAAAAAAAAAUACUGAUAAAGUGAAUGAAACUGAGUCAACUUCUGAUACAGAUGAUGAUGAUGAUGAUGAAGAUGAUGAUGAUGAUGGAGUUUUAAUCAUAACACCUGGUCCACGUAAUAAAGAUCUCACUAGUACACCACAGACUAGAGUAACUGAAUCAAGUGAUAAAAAAACAACUCAGAGAAAAUUUAAUGCUGAGCCAUCAGAUGAUGAUGAUAAUGAUGAUGAUGAUGAUAUGGAAAAUGAUAGAAAUAGUAAAAUGACAACAGCUGAUCCAGGUGGUCGUGAUACGACACCAAUGACUGAUGUUACUGAAGUCAGUGGAAAAAAAAAUACUGAUAAAGUGAAUGAAACUGAGUCAACUUCUGAUACAGAUGAUGAUGAUGAUGAUGAAGAUGAUGAUGAUGAUGAUGAUGAUGAUGAUGAUGAAGAUGGAGUUUUAAUUAUAACACCUGGUCCACGUAAUAAAGAUCUCACUAGUACACCACGGACUGGAGUAACUGAACCAAGUGAUAAAAAAACAACUCAGAGAAAAUUUAAUGCUGAGCCAUCAGAUGAUGAUGAUAAUGAUGAUGAUGAUGAUAUGGAAAAUGAUAGAAAUAGUAAAAUGACAACAGCUGAUCCAGGUGGUCGUGAUACGACACCAAUGACUGAUGUUACUGAAGUCAGUGGAAAAAAAAAUACUGAUAAAGUGAAUGAAACUGAGUCAACUUCUGAUACAGAUGAUGAUGAUGAUGAUGAAGAUGAUGAUGAUGAUGGAGUUUUAAUCAUAACACCUGGUCCACGUAAUAAAGAUCUCACUAGUACACCACAGACUAGAGUAACUGAAUCAAGUGAUAAAAAAACAACUCAGAGAAAAUUUAAUGCUGAGCCAUCAGAUGAUGAUGAUAAUGAUGAUGAUGAUGAUAUGGAAAAUGAUAGAAAUAGUAAAAUGACAACAGCUGAUCCAGGUGGUCGUGAUACGACACCAAUGACUGAUGUUACUGAAGUCAGUGGAAAAAAAAAUACUGAUAAAGUGAAUGAAACUGAGUCAACUUCUGAUACAGAUGAUGAUGAUGAUGAUGAUGAUGAUGAUGAUGAUGAUGAUGAUGGAGUUUUAAUCAUAACACCUGGUCCACGUAAUAAAGAUCUCACUAGUACACCACAGACUAGAGUAACUGAAUCAAGUGAUAAAAAAACAACUCAGAGAAAAUUUAAUGCUGAGCCAUCAGAUGAUGAUGAUAAUGAUGAUGAUGAUGAUAUGGAAAAUGAUAGAAAUAGUAAAAUGACAACAGCUGAUCCAGGUGGUCGUGAUACGACACCAAUGACUGAUGUUACUGAAGUCAGUGGAAAAAAAAAUACUGAUAAAGUGAAUGAAACUGAGUCAACUUCUGAUACAGAUGAUGAUGAUGGUGAUGAUGAUGAUGAUGAUGAUGAUGAUGAUGAUGAUGAUGAUGAUGAUGAUGAUGAUGAUGAUGAAGAUGGAGUUUUAAUUAUAACACCUGGUCCACGUAAUAAAGAUCUCACUAGUACACCACAGACUAGAGUAACUGAACCAAGUGAUAAAAAAACAACUCAGAGAAAAUUUAAUGCUGAGCCAUCAGAUGAUGAUAAUGAUGAUGAUGAUAAUGAUGAUGAUGAUAUGGAAAAUGAUAGAAAUAGUAAAAUGACAACAGCUGAUCCAGGUGGCCGUGAUACUACACCAAUGACUGAUGUUACUGAAGACAGUGGAAAAAAAAAUACUGAUAAAGUGAAUGAAACUGAGUCAACUUCUGAUACUGAUGAUAAUGAUGAUGAUAAAAAUACUAAAAUGACAACAAAUGAUCCACGUGGUGGUACGACACUAAUGACUGAUGUUACUGAAGCCAGUGAAAAAAAAAAUACUGAUAAAGUGAAUGAAACUGAGUCAACUUCUGAUACUGAUGAUAAUGAUGAUGAUAAAAAUACUAAAAUGACAACAAAUGAUCCACGUGGUGGUACGACACUAAUGACUGAUGUUACUGAAGCCAGUGAAAAAAAAAAUACUGAUAAAGUGAAUGAAACUGAGUCAACUUCUGAUACAGAUGAUGAUGAUGAUGAUGAUGAUGAUGAUGAUGAUGAUGAUGAUGAAGAUGGAGUUUUAAUUAUAACACCUGGUCCACGUAAUAAAGAUCUCACUAGUACACCACAGACUAGAGUAACUGAAUCAAGUGAUAAAAAAUCAACUCAGAGAAAAUUUAAUGCUGAGCCAUCAGAUGAUGAUAAUGAUGAUGAUGAUAUGGAAGAUGAUAGAAAUAGUAAAAUGACAACAGCUGAUCCAGGUGGUCGUGAUACGACACCAAUGACUGAUGUUACUGAAGACAGUGAAAAAAAAAAUACUGAUAAAGUGAAUGAUACUGAAUCAACUUCUGGGAAUAAUAAUGAUGAUGAUAAUGUAAUGACAACUAUAGAUUCGGGACUUAGAAAUAGUGAUGCAGCACCGGGAACUGGUGUAACUAAAACGAGUGAAGAAACAACUACUGAUAGAGUACACAGUGAUAACACAUCUUCUGAAGAUGAGGGUAAUAAGAAGAUGACAACAGUUGGUCCACAUGAUGAAGACAGCGGUACGACUUUAACAUCCGAUGUAACUCAAUCAAGUGAUAAAGAAACUACUGACAUAGCGAAUAAUACGAAACCAUCUUUUGAAGAUGAUGGUGAUAAAAAAAGUGGUAGUAAGAUGGCAACGUCUGAGCCGGGUGACAACGAGACUGAUAUGACAUCUAAAAAUGAUGUAACUGAAUCAAGUAAUACAAAGAUGACUGAAAUUUCCUCGAGUACUGAUAGUGUUACAACACCGACUCCUAGCAAAGCAAUUAGUGAUGAAGUACAUAGUACUAAACCAUCGACUAAAGAUGAUGAUGGUGAUAACAAAAAUGAGGACAGUGAUGAUAUGAAAAUGACAUCACUUAGUCCAAAUGAUAAAGAUAUUGUUACAUCGACAACUGAUGUAACUGAAUCGAGUGAUAAGGAAACUACUAUUGGAGAAAGUACUAAAAUAUUUCCUGAAGAUGAUGCUGAUGACAACAAAAAUCAGGUCAAUGAUGACAGUAAAAUGACAACGCCUGCAUCGGAUGAUAAAAAGACUGACACGCCAUCAAAAAUUGAUGUAACUGAAUCGAGUCAUAAGGAAAGCACUGACGGAGAACAUAGUGAUGAAUCAUCUCCUGAAGAUAAGGAUGAUGGUCGUAAGAUAACAACACCUAAUCCGGGUUAUAAAGACACUGACACGACAUCGAAAUCUGAUGUAACUGAAUCGAGUGAUACAGAAACUACUGAUGGAGAACGUAGCACUAAAUCAUCUCCUAAAGAUGACGUUGAUGAGAACAAAAAUGAGGAUAAUGAUGAUAGCAAGAUGACAACACCUGAUUUUGGUAAUAAAGAUACUGAUACUACACAAAAAACUGACGCUACUGAAUCCACUGAUAAAGAAACUACUGAUCAAGAACAUACCACUAAAUCAUCUUCUGGUGAUGAUGGUGAUAAUGUUAUGACAACACCUGAUGCAAAUGAUGAAAACACUACGACAUUAAAAACUGAUGUAGCUGAAUCGAAUGAUAAGAAAACUACUGAUGGAAAACAUACUACUAAAUCAUCUUCUGAAGAUGAUGCUGAUGAUAAAAAAAAUCAGGAUAAUGAUGAUAGUAAGAUGACAACACCUGAUGCGAAUGAUGAAAAGACUAUGACAUCAAAAACUAAUGUUACCGAAUCGAUUGAUAAGGAAACUACUGAUAGAAAACAUACUACUAAAUCAUCUUCUGAAGAUGAUGCUGAUGAUAAAAAAAAUCAGGAUAAUGAUGAUAGUAAGAUGACAACACCUGAUGCGAAUGAUGAAAAGACUACGACAUCAAAAACUAAUGUUACCGAAUCGAUUGAUAAGGAAACUACUGAUGGAGAGCAAAAUUCUAAGCCAUCUCCCAAAAAUAGCGCUGAUGAUAACAAAAAUGAAGACAAUGACGAUAGUAAGAUGACAACCCCUCAUCCGAAUGAUAAAGACGCUGAUACGAUAUCAAAUGGUGUAGCCGAAUCAAAUGAUAAGGAAACUACUAGUGGAACAAGUACUAAAGCAUCUCCUGAUGAUGCUGAUGAUAGCAAAAAUCAGGAAAACGAUGAUAGUAAAAUGACAACACCUGCAUCGGGUGAUACAGACACUGAUACUACAUCAAAAACUGAUGUAACCGCAUCAAGUGAUGAAGAAACUACUGAUGAAGAGCCAAGUUCUAAACCAUCUCCUGAAGAAGAUGCUGAAAACAAAAAUCAGGAUAAUGAUGACAGUAAGAAGACAACAUCUGAUCAGGGUGAUAAAGACAUUGACACGACAUCAAUAACUGAUGUAACUAAACCAAGUGAUACAAAAACUACUGGUAGAAAAUACAAAGCUGAACCAUCUGAAGAUUAUAAUGAUAAUGAUGAUGACUAUGGCGAUGAUAAUGAUCUCAUAAUAAUAACAUCCAAACCAAUUGAAAAUUGGACACCAACUGCACCGACUGAACCCAGUGAAAAAUACCCUAGCGAAGAAACAACUCAAGCUUUUACAACAACCGAGUCAACUCACUCAGAAGAAACUCCAGAGUCCGAAUCCACCCAUGGAGUAUCAGACACUUCAGAUAACCAAGGAGAAGAAAAUGAGACUAAAGAAGAUUCGGAUCAGACAACUUUUUACUCAACGAGUACAACCGAGAAACCAGAUCUGGUAGAAGAAAAAGAUGAUCCAGAUGAUAAAAUUAUCACUGAUGACCCAACUGUUACUCAAGGGCCUGAAUUUACUCCAGAAAAAAGUUCAGCUGAAAAGCCAGAUAACGAAAAAGACAAUUUUGACGAUAAUUCAAAAGAAACAACUGAUGACUUUACUACUGAAGGGCUUUUAUCGACAACUUCGGAGCUUCACACUACAAUCAACCCGUUUGAAGAAUUUGAGAAGACGGAUAAAGAUAACAGUGAAAAUAUGCAAUACCAAACUGAAACUGAAGACUUUAUGACCACUCGGGAGCCAUCAACUAGUUCGGAGACUUCAGAGUAUCCUUAUACUAACGCGCCGGUGGAACCAAAUACUCAAGAUGAUUCAGAGGAUCAGAUAAUUACUGAUCAUUCCACCGAAGAAGUCAUUUCUAGUUCAGAAAAUCCAGAGCUUGAGUCUACCAGUUCUCCAGAAGAGCUGAAAAAUACAGAGGACGACUCGAUUAUUACUGAUAGAUCAAAUAAUGAUGAUUCAAUGAUAAAAGAUUCGCCGAUCAUCAAUUCUAAAACUAAUAUCAAUGAAAUAGAACCUGAGUCUUCUACCGAAACUCUAAACCCUACCGAUUUCUCAAAUUGUCUUGAAGUAGACAAAGACGAUAACGCAAGUUUUGAUGUCAUUACCCUACAGCCGCUUGAGAAAAAGACACAAAAGAAGAUGAUAAAUAAUAUCAAUGACUUUGGAAUCAAUUUAAUUAAGACUAUUUUUCAUGAUAAUAAAAAAAACUACGCAGUAUCACCAAUUAAUUAUGCCCUCUCGUUAUUAAUGAUGGAAAAUGGAGCUUGCGGUGAAACUAAAAAAGAACUCGACACUAUUUUAUAUUUGCCUGAACAAAUAUCUAAGAAAUAUAUGAGACCUAUCAAAGAUCUUGUCCAUUCACUUAAAAAUAUCAAUGGUUCCAAAUUAUACUUGGAUAGCAAAAUUUUCCCGUCGGAAGAGGCUGAAGUUAGUCCUAAAUACAGGGAGUUAAUUCGAGUUCUUUAUGAAUCUGAACCUCUGAAUGUUAAUUUUCACAAUUUAGAUGAUACUGUAAGACAAAUAAACCAUUGGAGUACUAAUAGAACUAAAUAUCAUGUACAAAAUGUCAUAACUAAUAAUUUAAUUAGCAAAGACACAUCUUUACUUCUUGCUAGCGUUGCUUAUUUCCGAACCAAUUGGCUGAAACCAUUUAGUUAUUUAUAUACUACCCAUAAUUUAUUUCAAAUAGAUGCUACCACGGAAAAGUCUGUAUGCAUGAUGCAGCAAAUUAAUAGAUUUAAAUAUAUUCGAAUGGGUUAUUUAAAUGCUGAGCUCGUCGAGCUCCCUUUAAAAGACGAUGAUCUAGGAUUAAAAAUGAUUGUCAUUCUUCCGGAUGAGGAUAAAACUUUACUCGAUGUGGUAAAAAAUCUUCAUAAAUUUAAAUAUAGUGAUUUUCGUAACCACGCGAGAACUGAAAUUAUCGAUAUAUCAUUACCGAAAUUUAAAAUUGAUAGUUUUAUCGAUUUAAGUGAUUAUUCAAAUAAGAUAAAUAUAAACAAAACUAUGGAUGAUACUGCUGACUUUUGUUGCAUAUCUGAGUCAUUAAAAGUUAGUAAUAUUGUACAAAAAACAGUACUUAGAAUAUAUGAAGGCGAGUGUGUAGGACCAAGUUUUCUUUGUCCGGAUGACGAUAGUUCAUGUUUAGAUGAUAGAAUAUACUUUACUGUAAAUCGUCCAUUUAUUAUACUCAUUAUCAUUAAUGAAACGAUAAUAUUUAGCGGGCAAAUAAUUGAUCCGAGUCUUUAAUAGUAAAUAAGUUUAUAUUUAUAUUUAUUAUGAUACUUGUAAAAAAUAAAUA